AAUGGGGUGGGUGGUUUGCUCUAGUCAUUAAAAUAUCGCCUUCCCCUCCCCCUUGCUUUCUCUAGGACUGCCACUGUUGAGUCUGUGGGAGUAUGAAUCAGCAGCAGCAGAGAAUGGCUGCAGUUGGGACAGACAAAGAGCUCAGUGACCUGCUGGACUUCAGUAUGAUGUUUCCCCUGCCAGUGGCUAAUGGAAAAAACAGACCCACGACCCUAGCAAGCACUCAGUUUGGAGGAUCAGGUUUGGAUGAAAGACCGGGAUCAGGUUCCUGGGGAACGGGAGAUCAAAACAGCUCCACAUUUGACCAAGGAAGGCAGAGCUAUGGUGAAGGCCCCCACUACGGCGAGCACAGGGACCUGCCGUCGCACAACAGCAUAUCUUCAUCACCAUUCCUGGGACCUGGACUAGUGGGGAAGAGCGGCGAAAGAGCCUCGUACUCCACGUUUGGAAGAGACACGGGGAUGCCAGGACUAAACCAGACUGGUUUCCUGCCCAGCGAAAUGGGAAUCGCGAGUCCAAGCACGCUUUCCCCCACUGGGGUGAAAGGGGGGUCUCAGUAUUUUUCUUACCCCAACAAUCCUCGCAGGAGAGGUGCUGAGAGCAACAUAGAUGGACAGCCCAAAAAGGUUCGGAAGGUGCCUCCUGGACUCCCCUCCUCGGUGUAUCCAUCCAACUCAGGUGAUGACUACAGCAGGGAUCCAGCUGGAUAUACCCCCUCGAAACCUCCCAGCACUGUGUAUCCCGGAGCCUUUUAUAUGGCAGAUGGGCUCCAUAACUCGCCAGACCUGUGGAGUUCACCCGGUGCCAUGAGCCAGUCAAGUUACGGGGCCAUGCUGGGCAGCUCCUCCUCCCCGCUCCCGCAGCCCGCCGGCUUCAACAGUUUACAUCAGCACGAACGCAUGAACUACCAGCUGCAUUCAGGAGAAGUCAAUGGCGGGCUCCCCUCCGUGUCGGGCUUUUCCUCGGCCUCCACCCCGUACGGCGUCUCCAGCCACACGCCCCCGAUCAGCGGGACAGACACCAUGAUGGGUAACAGAGGAACCACGGCCGGGAGCUCAGGAGACGCACUUGGGAAGGCACUAGCUUCAAUUUAUUCCCCAGAUCACUCUAGCAAUAACUUCUCAUCAAACCCCUCUACACCGGUCGGCUCCCCUCAGGGCCUUGCAGGCACAUCCCAGUGGUCGCGAGCGAGCGGACAGGGUGCCUUAUCUCCCAGCUACGAAGGGAGCCUCCACACCUUACAAAACAAAAUGGAAGACAGGUUGGACGAAGCCAUCCACGUGCUGAGGAAUCACGCCGUGGGCCAGACAGCCGCCAUGCCGAGCAGCCACGGGGACAUGCACGGGCUCCUGGGCUCAGCACCAGCCCACAGCGCUGCUGUGGGCAGCCUGGGCCAGGCCUUCCCCGCCUCGGUCAUGUCCCUGGGGAGCAGGCACCCGAGUCUGGUGGGAGGAGGUCACCCUGAAGACGGGCUGUCCAGCACCCCCAGCAUGCUCCACAACCAUGUCACACUUCCGUCACAGCCCAGCUCGCUCCCUGACCUCAGCAGGCCGCAGGACACGUACAGCGGUUUGUCAGGGGGGCUGGGGCGAAGCAGCGUCUCCUCAGGAACCAGCGAAAUAAAGCGGGAGGAGAAGGAGGACGAGGAGAACACAUCAGUGGCGGAUAACUCAGAAGAGGAGAAGAAGGAGCUGAAACCCUCUCGGAACAGAACAAGGUGCUCUUUGAACAGUCAAGAUGAGGAUGAGGAGGACGAUCUUCUUCCCCCAGAGCAAAAAGCCGAGAGAGAGAGAGAAAGGAGGGUCGCCAAUAAUGCCCGUGAGCGCCUGCGGGUCCGUGACAUCAACGAGGCCUUUAAAGAGCUCGGACGCAUGUGCCAACUCCACCUAAACAGCGAAAAACCGCAGACCAAACUGCUAAUCCUACACCAGGCCGUAUCAGUCAUACUGAACCUGGAGCAACAAGUUAGAGACAGUCCCCAGCCGUGACCUCUCGGUGGUCCCACUCUCUACCUUGUACUUGCUGCUUGCGGAUGGAGGCAGGAGCCGAGGGGCGGCGGGGGGCCGGGUUAGGCAGAGUUGGCACCGUGGUCACUUUGGUCUCCCACGCUUGUCCCUUUUUAAACUCUUCUUGGACGCAGCUGGGGAGGCAAGCCGAGCCCCGCGUGCUGCUGUCGGCAGGCUUUAGCGCAGGCAGCUAGGGUGUCACUUCUCCAGCGGUUUUGGUCUCUGGGCUGUUCUGCAGGAGAGAAGCCGACCCCACAUCCCCUCCUGCGGGGCUGCAGUGGGGCCAUGGGGCCCCUGUGUGCCCAGCCAGGGCCUCUGGGGUCUUUCUGCCGCGAUCAGCGUCUAACGGGGCAGGAAGGGGAAGGAGAUCAGGGAGGUGUUACAGGAACCAGGCAGGCAGGUGCCACAAAGUGCCCGAGGAGCCUCACGUCCUUACAGCCCCGAGGACGCUGCACGGCCCCACAAACCUCCAGCAGCAUUUGCUGGCGGCGGGGAAAGGGCCCCAUCCCGCUCGGCUGAGGCGUGCAAGGCACUGCCGGAGCUGCAGCGCUGCCAGGAGCCACAGUGCUGCCAGGAGCCACAGCCACCAGCGUUAGUUGGGAGGAACGAGUCCUGUCACUGCCAGGCUCCACUCCCCGGCCGUGGCGUUCCCAGGCGCUGGAGAGAGGCAGGGACAGCGGCAGCCCCCAGCCCCACGCAGGCAAAAGCUCAUCCAGGGAGCCCUCGCUUCCCCUCUGUGAGGUCAGGCGUAGCCUCGGGGCUCUCCGGGCCCCUGAGCGGACCCAGGAAGGCUCUGCCUCUGCCACCCACCUUAGGUGGGGGCUUGUCCCCGCGUGGCUUCCCUGGAGCCGAAGGCCAUGGUCUGCCCUGGUGUGUGUGAGGUCUCACCCGAGGAAGGUGUCUUUCCUGCAAGAAUUUUUGCUCUGGGGGAGAAGGUCGUCUGUACAGCAAAUUGGGGGCUCGCAGGGACGGGCUGCGGGCGAGGCCACGGUUGAAGAUGCUGUCAGCACGGUGCUGCCUUCCCCACCCACCGGCCUGUUUGGGGCACCCCCAGGAUGCCACCAGCAGUGGAAGCUCUCCUGAGCUCCCAACCCUGCCAGGAAAAUUCCCCCCUUC